AUGAUAUUUCAACUGGACGGCAGACGUGCAACUAGGAUUGUGGCUGAACCAAAGGGAGUUAUCAAAGCCAAGUUUUCUCCGUCUUUAUCUAUGCGUAUUUCUCAUCAUGCAGCCAUUUACAGCGAUCUUCCCGGUUUCACAGGUGAGCGCGCGAUGAGCCGGUCAGGCACCACUAAUAUCUCGCCGAACGCGCAGAAAUGGAAGUCAAUGCAGCCAGUUAGAAUGCCCAAGAGCUCCACUCGCGCGAAGUUGUCAGAAUUUCCGAAGUCUCAGGUGAACGGCAUUACAACCUCAGGCAGUACUUGCGAUAUUGCCCGCUCGCCGGCACGGCGACUACUUCACUUGAGAAAUGGAACUAUCUCAAGCCCUCGAAAUAAUGCGGCUUCCUCUGGGGCAAUUCCACCAAUGGCACCGCAAGCCACAGACGUUACUCCUGAAAGCCAUGGAUACAGGGCCUUGAUGGCAUGCAAUGGUAUGGCCCUGCAUUUGAGUUUCGAUUUUUGUUCCGGAAAAUGCUCACUCAGAAAAGAGUUUGAUCGAGCAUUCUGCGAUCAGCUCGCGACCCCGAGAAUGCAGAAAUCAUUUUCUAUGGAGGCGCAACACAAGCCUUCGAACAUAGGCGACCCAGCGAAUCGAUCCCCAGCUCCGAAACCCGCGCAAGAUCGAAACACCACAGCAAAAUUCAAUGAUGUCCUCACGCGUGCGAUGGGCGCCCAGUUCGAGAACCAAACGUUUCAUAGCUUGGGGCCGAUUGAACAAUUCCUCGUACGAUUUUUGCAUACAAUAUUGGUGCUAGUCGCUGAUUGGGUAAGACCACUUUUAGCACUCGCUCCUUGGCUCGAGAUUCACAGGCGACGCAUCCUGGGGAAGGAAUCUAGUUACGAUAGUCAGACUGAAGAUUUAGAAAGUGCUAGAGCCGCAAGAAGCUGGUCUUCUUUCCGGCCUUGGCCAUCGUUGUAUUUAUACAAUUUGGUCUCAUCGUCAGCUUCAACCAUUGUUGUAUUCAUGGGCCCACAUAUUUUGAAUAAAUAUCUAGAAUGUGCUAAAACAGCAAAAUCUGGACUUCUUUUCUGCCUCAAUCAUCUUCGUAUUCAUACAUUUCUGCAUCUUACAGUAGCAUUAAAUAUCAUGAGAACGAUGGCUCAAAUGCUAUCAACGUAA